AUGGGUGAUUCAGUACGUAUAACCAUAGGUGGAGAUGAGGUGGUUGAUCAUUUUGCCUCUGAAAGAAAUCUAGAAAAGCUAGAUUUCGAGGCUCAAAGGCAAUUGGUAGUGCAACUUAUAACUUCCAUGGCUGAAAAUGUCAAGGAAAGAGAUAAGAUUAAGCGAGACAAAUCAAGCCACCCUCUCACUAAUAUUAAACUUUCCACUAAACUUGAGUCUCAACUAAUGGCAGCGUACAAUUUCUUGGACGUCCUAAAAAACAUAUACGGUAAACUACUUAACUCUAAGAAGAAGCGUGGCAAAUACACGGAAAGUGAAAUUUCGUCCUUCGGAGAAACCAUAAAGAACUUGGACGAGAAUCUUGUGAACCUAGAAAACAUGAUUAGAUACAAACCCAACUCCGCCAUUAAGAAGUCAAGGAUGGAUAUUGACGUGAACUCUAUCCCCUUUGAUAAAUCUGCUCUUACAACUGAAGAGCAAAACUACGUGGCAGAGUCUAUAAGGCGGUGGAACGUGCGAGAUGAGGGUUUCGACAAACAGCUCCAGGAAAUUGGAGAGGCAGUUGACAGAAUAGGCGAAGUCGCCAUUCAUAUCGGAACGCGUGCCCAGGACCAGGCUAAAGCAGCAAUAGAAGCUGUUGUUGAUGUUGAAAACACGACGAAGGGUGUUACUGAUGUUACGAAAAGGAUCAAAAAACUACUCAAGAGGCAGCGCAUGGUUGAGUUCUACUGUCGCAUGAUUCUCAUUUUAAUUGUUCUGGUUUUAUCUGGAGUUCUUAUAUACAUAGUCAUGAAAAAGCUAAAGAAUAAAUAA